GAGAAGCGCCCGAGCCGGGCCGCGGGAGCAUGUGGGCCCGGAGCGGAGCGCGGGGCGCGCUGCUGCUGGCGCUGCUGCUCUGCUGGGACCCGACGCUGAGCCACGCAGGCACUGACUCCGCAGGCGGUGGCGGCGAGGUGCUCCCCGACUCCUUCCCGUCGGCCCCGGCAGACCCUCUACCCCACUUCCUCCAGGAGCCGCAGGAUGCCUACAUCGUGAAGAACAAGCCGGUAGAGCUGCGCUGCCGGGCCUUCCCGGCCACACAGAUCUACUUCAAGUGCAACGGCGAGUGGGUCAGCCAGAAUGACCACGUCACACAGGAGGGUCUGGACGAGGCCACUGGCCUGCGCGUGCGAGAGGUGCAGAUUGAGGUGUCCCGGCAGCAGGUGGAGGAGCUGUUCGGCCUGGAGGAUUACUGGUGCCAGUGCGUGGCCUGGAGCUCUGCAGGCACCACCAAGAGCCUCCGGGCUUACGUCCGCAUCGCAUACUUGCGCAAGAACUUUGAUCAGGAGCCUCUGGGCAAGGAAGUGCCCCUGGACCAUGAAGUUCUCCUGCAGUGCCGCCCACCAGAGGGGGUACCUGUGGCUGAGGUGGAAUGGCUCAAGAAUGAGGAUGUCAUCGACCCCACCCACGACACUAACUUCCUGCUCACCAUCGACCACAACCUCAUCAUCCGCCAGGCUCGCCUGUCGGACACGGCCAACUACACCUGUGUGGCCAAGAACAUCGUGGCCAAGCGCCGCAGCACCACGGCCACGGUCAUCGUCUACGUGAAUGGAGGCUGGUCCAGCUGGGCAGAGUGGUCGCCAUGCUCCAACCGCUGUGGCCGCGGCUGGCAGAAGCGCACGCGGACCUGCACCAACCCUGCCCCCCUCAACGGAGGAGCCUUCUGCGAGGGCCAGGCCUUCCAGAAGACCGCCUGCACUACCGUGUGCCCAGUUGAUGGGGCCUGGACAGAGUGGAGCAAGUGGUCGGCCUGUAGCACCGAGUGUGCCCACUGGCGCAGCCGUGAGUGCAUGGCGCCCCCGCCCCAGAACGGAGGCCGAGACUGCAGCGGGGCACUGCUGGACUCCAAGAACUGCACCGACGGGCUGUGUAUGCAGAAUACGAAAACUCAAAGUGACCCCAAAAGCCACCUCCUGGAGGCCUCGGGGGACGUGGCGCUGUACGCGGGCCUCGUGGUGUCCAUCUUCGUGGUCGUGGCCGUCCUCAUGGUGGUGGGGGUCGUGGUGUACCGCCGUAACUGCCGGGACUUCGACACGGACAUCACCGACUCCUCCGCUGCCCUCACUGGGGGCUUCCACCCGGUCAACUUCAAGACUGCGAGGCCCAACAACCCGCAGCUCCUGCACCCCACUGCGCCUCCAGACCUCACAGCCAGCGCCGGCAUGUACCGUGGGCCCGUGUAUGCCCUGCAGGACUCAGCUGACAAGAUCCCCAUGACCAACUCACCCCUGCUGGACCCCCUGCCCAGUCUCAAGAUCAAGGUCUACAACUCCAACACCACCGGCUCCGGGCCUGGCCUGCCAGACGGGGCCGACCUGCUGGGGGUCUUGCCUCCUGGCACGUACCCAGGAGAUUUCACUCGGGAUGCCCACUUCCUGCACCUUCGCAGCGCCAGCCUCGGCUCCCAGCAGCUCGUGGGCCUGCCCCGUGACCCAGGGAGCAGCGUCAGUGGCACCUUCGGCUGCCUGGGGGGGAGGCUCAGCAUCCCCGGCACAGGGGUCAGCCUGCUGGUACCCCAUGGAGCCAUCCCCCAGGGCAAGUUCUAUGAGAUGUACCUCCUUAUCAACAAGGCAGAAAACACCCUCCCUCUUUCGGAAGGGACCCAGACAGUAUUGAGCCCUGCAGUGACCUGCGGGCCCACGGGCCUCCUGCUGUGCCGCCCGGUCAUCCUCACAGUGCCUCACUGUGCCGAAGUCAGUGCCGGGGACUGGAUCUUCCAGCUCAAGACCCAGGCCCAUCAGGGCCACUGGGAGGAGGUGGUCACCCUGGAUGAGGAGACCCUGAACACCCCUUGCUACUGCCAGCUGGAGGCCAGGUCCUGCCACAUCCUGUUGGACCAGCUGGGCACCUAUGUGUUCACGGGUGAGUCCUAUUCCCGCUCGGCAGUCAAGCGGCUCCAGCUGGCCAUCUUCGCACCCGCGCUCUGCACCUCCCUGGAGUACAGCCUCAGGGUCUACUGCCUGGAGGACACGCCUGCAGCGCUAAAGGAGGUGCUAGAGCUGGAGCGGACUCUGGGUGGCUACCUAGUGGAGGAGCCAAAACCGCUGCUGUUUAAGGACAGCUACCAUAACCUGCGCCUUUCCCUCCAUGACCUCCCCCACGCCCACUGGAGGAGCAAGCUGCUGGCCAAGUACCAGGAGAUCCCCUUCUAUCACAUCUGGAGUGGCAGCCAGAAGGCCCUGCACUGCACCUUCACCCUGGAGCGGCACAGCCUGGCCUCCACAGAGUUCACCUGCAAGAUCUGUGUGCGCCAGGUGGAAGGAGAAGGCCAGAUACUCCAGCUGCACACCGUGUUGGCGGAGACACCUGCUGGCUCCCUGGAUGCCCUCUGCUCUGCCCCCAGCAGCUCAGUCACCACCCAGCUGGGACCCUAUGCCUUCAAGAUUCCUCUCUCCAUCCGCCAGAAGAUAUGCAACAGCCUGGAUGCCCCCAAUUCUCGGGGCAAUGACUGGCGGCUGUUGGCACAGAAGCUCUCCAUGGAUCGGUACCUGAACUACUUUGCCACCAAAGCGAGCCCCACGGGUGUGAUACUAGACCUCUGGGAAGCUCUGCAGCAAGAUGACGGGGACCUCAACAGCCUGGCCAGUGCCUUGGAGGAGAUGGGCAAGAGCGAAAUGCUGGUGGCCAUGACGACUGACGGGGACUGCUAAACUGCACUAGCUGAGCUGGUAGGGACUGGCAGGGGGCGGCCAGGGAGGCCCAGGGUGGCCUCCUGCUGGGCACUGGAGCCUCUGUCUCCCCCCACCCCAGCUCACAGCCGGGGUCGCCCCUGGCCACCUCCUCCUCCCCUUGCGCAACCCCCACCACAACCAGCCUUAGGAGGUCUGAGUACUCCGCUGUCCAGAGACCGCGUUCUCCAUCCCCUGCUGUCUCUCCCACCUCGCCUCGGUGUGGAAACUGGGGUGGGGCUGCAGCCUGCAGAGGCAGUUAGGGGAGCAAGGAGGUGGUCCUCCCUGCCCCCCUGAGCCCUGGGACUUCUGGGUUAUGUUGGUUUCAGACUCCUUCAUUUUCUUCCUUGCUAUUGAUUUCUCCCUCCUCCCUCAGCACCUUCUUCUUUCACACCAUUUUUCUCUCUGAAGAGUUAAGUACAAUUCAGACAAACUGUUUUCUCCCAUCCAAAAGCAAAAAGGAAAAGGAAAAAAAAAAGAAAGAAAGAAAGAAUGCUUCAGAUCGCUUAGGAAGGUUCAAAGAAGAAGAAAAACACCAAAACCACAAGGGAAAAGAAAAACCCAGUUUCUUAGGAAACGCUAAUGAUUUAUUAUCCAGAUACUUGGAUGAGUCCUUUUUAAGAAAAAAGAAAAAAAAAUGAAAAACAACACACACAAAAAAUAGAAACCUCUUUUCUUGGGUGUGGAUGAGUGUGGGCACGCUCGUGGUUCUGGCCAGGAGCAAAAGUGUGUGCAUGUGCCCUGAGAGAGAUUGAACAGGGAGCAUUGUGCUGCUAACGUCUCGCCCUAAGUUCUCACCAGGCCUACUUCCCCAGUUGCACAGGGUCAGUGGGGUUUCAGCUGCGGUACCUAAUUUCCCUCUAAAGUUUUAAACAGUCACUGAAUCCACAAAGCCAAGGAGCCCUGAGGUCUGCAGUGAGGCGGGGCCUCCCUCCCCCACUCCCAGUGGCCAGCCCAGAAGCUCCUCUGGCUUCUGGGAUUGCUGGUGAAGAGGGUCGGGGUGGAAAGUGUGGGUGGGCCAGCAGUGAGCCAGGGAGAAUGUUUCCAGUGCCAAGUCUGGUGGCUCUGGAGAGAGGCUAUGGCAUAGAAGAAGGGCCCUAGCAGAGAGCACAGCAGGCGAGACUCCACACUCAGCAGCAGCCUCUAGGCCAGGUGGGCUAGAGCAAGUGGGCAUCCUCUUGAAGCCCAGGAAUCUCCCCUUCCCUGGCUCUGUUUCUCCUUCUGCAGAACAGAAGGGAAGGGAUGCAUCCGAGGGCCUCCCUCGCUGCAGAAGCCUGAGCUCCCAGGAGCGUGUUAGCAUGCAGCCCUGCAGCGUGGGCGGCUAUGAGGCUGGGUGGCCUGGCUGUGCUUUACACGCCAGCUCCGAGUGGAAGAGGAAGGGUGGAGGGCUAUUUUCCCAGCUCUGAUCUCCACUGGCACCUCCCUUCAGCCCUCAUGUCCCCCUCCCUUUGCCGUCUAAGGGACCCUGAAGGAACUGAACAGACAGGUUUGCGAGUGCAGAGAUUGAUGCCCCUCACCAGCCUGCCCAGUAUGUAGCUGGGGUCAGCAGGGUCUUUUGGACUAACUGGCAAUGCUGGGACCAGGACCCGGAGCUGGCAGGGAGGCCUCAUCAAAGGCCUCACCUUGGCACCCAGGACAAAGCAAGUGCCAGUUCCCCCUGACAGCUCUGGGCACUGACCCCAGGACUUGCCCCAGCAGGUCUCAGGCAGCCUCUCAAGGGGACCCGCCUGGGCACAUCCAGGCCUUUGAAAGCCUGGUCUCCUGGGAGGAAAGCAGGUUUUAGGACUGCAGUCCCAGCUAGCACCAGGCCUGGCUUUCCUGUCCUAGACUUGAGGUUUAUGGGGUUUCUCACACCCACCCAUCCCGUCCCCUGGGGGUGUGGGCUGGCCGAGAGCAAACAAGGGCCUGUUUAAAGGUUUGGGAGAGGAUCCCUUUUGUGAGGGCUGCCAGGCUGGUGAGGCAGCCUUCAGUGCCUGUGUGGACACUGCUUCAGGCCCCGUGGCUUGGCUAGCCUCCCUGGUCGCUCCUAACCCGACCCUGUGGGCCUGUGUGGAGGCAGCUUGGAGCCCAAAUACCAGCACUCACGCUCCAGCAUUAAACUGCUGUGUGACCCCGAGGCAUGGGACUGCCUUCUCGGGGCCCUUCUCGGGGCCCCGUGGCUGCUGUCCGAAGCCUGUUGGGUAACGACAGGCUUUGAUUGUAGGCUUCUGAUGGGGGAACCCUAGCGGGCAGGAAUCAACCAUGCCUCUGCCCCCACUCUUCCUGCCCUCCCCUGCCCUGCCCUCAGAAGCCUUCUCACUCCAGCGCCCUGGAGGGGGCCUCUGGGUGGAUGAGGUCAGAGGAGUCACCCCUGUGCCAUUUCUAAUCUGAUCUUCAAAAACUGUGUACCAAGGCCUGGAGCACAGAAAAUAUUGGCAGGAGCCUUCUAGGAGGGUUCAAACUGCCCAGCUUUAUAAGAAAGCUGGGAUAGGGUUUGCUGGCUCCAUCAAUUUGCUGAGGUUGCGUGACUACGCCCUCUCCGCCUGCCUCAGGGCGAGAGUGAGGCUUCUCUUAUUUGGGUCCAAGAGGCAGCCUCACGUGGCCAGGUGCCUUGAGAGCUGCGGUCAGGUGCUGGAGCCCGGCCUGCAGGGCUCUCGGAUGGGCGUUCCGUCUCCUCUCCAGGGGGUGUUUGUACAUGAUGCACGUGCCCUGUGCGUGUGCUUUUAUUCACAGGCACACCAGGGCGCACCCCGUGUGUGUGUGUGUGUGUGUGCGUGUGUGUGUGUGCGCGCGCCUGCUUUCCUCGUGUCCCAAGCGUGGACGCUUGGAGGUUGGCGGGCCUGUGCUCUGCCCUCUCUGAGUCCACAGGGUCAGUCGGUGUAUCUUCUACGUGCCUCUCCCUCUGCCUUCUCUCAAAGUGCUCCAGGCUCCAGAGCUCCCAGGCAGGGACCCUCCCCAUCUCCUGGAUGAUCCAGGGCUCUCUGGUUCUCUCCUCCCGCCCCAGGCAGCUGAGCCAGGCCCCUCGGCAGGCCCUCUGAGGGGAGGUGACCUGGAACUCGGGUGCAGGAGCAGCUCUCCUAGGGGCAAAGGGCUGGAUCCCCUGCCUGGGCUGUGGGCAUCAUUAUAUGUCCAGGGGAAGGGGGUGUUUGGGGUUCCAGGAAUGACCCCAAUCCCACCUCUGUUUAUUCUGUAAACGACAACCUGUAAAUAACGUUUAGCAUUCCUCUUGUAACAAAAUUAAUUUUUAUGAAAUAAAUUAUA